GGGAAAAAAUAAAUCCCCAAAAGAGGUUGAUCGGAGUUGGGGGGCGUGGGGGCAGGAGCAAAAAAAGGAGGCAGAGACCAUGUCCGGGCGGCCCAGGACCACCUCCUUCGCGGAGAGCUGCAAGCCCGUGCAGCAGCCCUCGGCCUUCGGCAGCAUGAAAGUGAGCCGAGACAAAGAUGGCAGCAAAGUGACUACAGUAGUGGCGACUCCUGGACAAGGUCCGGACCGACCACAGGAAGUUAGCUACACAGACACCAAGGUGAUUGGAAAUGGAUCUUUUGGUGUUGUGUACCAAGCCAAACUCUGUGAUUCAGGAGAGCUUGUGGCCAUUAAGAAAGUCCUGCAGGAUAAAAGAUUCAAGAACCGAGAGCUACAGAUUAUGAGAAAGUUGGAUCAUUGUAACAUCGUCCGAUUGCGUUAUUUCUUCUACUCCAGUGGAGAGAAGAAGGAUGAGGUGUACCUCAACUUGGUGCUGGACUAUGUUCCUGAAACAGUAUACAGAGUUGCCAGGCAUUAUAGUCGGGCCAAACAGACACUCCCUAUGAUUUAUGUCAAGUUGUACAUGUAUCAGCUGUUCCGGAGUUUAGCCUAUAUCCAUUCCUUUGGGAUCUGUCACCGGGAUAUAAAACCACAGAACCUCUUGCUGGAUCCUGAUACAGCUGUUCUAAAACUCUGUGACUUCGGAAGUGCAAAACAACUGGUUCGUGGAGAACCUAAUGUCUCAUACAUCUGCUCUCGGUACUACAGGGCGCCAGAGUUGAUCUUUGGAGCCACCGAUUAUACCUCCAGUAUAGAUGUGUGGUCAGCAGGCUGUGUUUUGGCUGAACUGUUACUAGGACAACCAAUCUUUCCAGGUGACAGUGGUGUGGAUCAGUUGGUGGAAAUAAUCAAGGUUCUGGGAACGCCUACAAGGGAGCAAAUCAGAGAAAUGAAUCCCAACUAUACUGAAUUCAAAUUCCCUCAGAUUAAGGCACAUCCGUGGACUAAGGACUCGUCAGGAACAGGACAUUUCACCUCAGGAGUACGGGUCUUCCGGCCCCGCACUCCACCAGAAGCAAUUGCGCUAUGUAGCCGUCUGUUGGAGUACACCCCCACUGCCCGCCUAACUCCCCUGGAGGCCUGCGCGCACUCUUUCUUCGAUGAACUACGGGACCCAAAUGUCAAGUUACCAAAUGGGCGAGAGAAACCUGCACUCUUCAAUUUCACCACUCAAGAACUGUCAAGUAACCCAUCUCUGGCUUCGAUCCUCAUCCCUGCUCAUGCCCGGAACCAAGCAGCUGCUUCAACCCCUACAAACGCUACAGCAGCCUCAGAUGUUAACGCAGGAGAACGAGUUCAGACCAAUAGUGUAGCUACAGCAUCAGCCUCCAACUCCACCUGAACCGGUACCAAGCAGCCAGCUGCACAGGAAAAAUCACCAGUAAUUUGAGUCUUGCUCAGCAACACUGGUCACAUUUGGAAAGAAAAUUAAAAAGAGGAGAAAAAAAAAAAAAUCAACAAACCAACCAACCUGUUCAUUUUAGUGUUCAAUUUUUUAUUAUUAUUAUUGUUGUUCUUAUUUAACCUUGUAAAAUAUCUAUAAAUACAAACUAGUUUCAUUGUACUCUCACUCUGCAGGGUGUCCGGGGCAGGGGACUAGGUGGGGGGAGGAGGGAAAGCGGAGCAAUACAACACACCAGUGUCUCUCCCCUCGACAAUCUCUUCAUGUUAGAAGUUUGCUGUUGUAUACUUCAGAACCAGGACUCUUGCCUCGUGCCCCCUCCCACAACAGAAAGAAGGAAAAAAAAAAAAAAAAAAAAACAAAGCAAAACCAAACCCCCAAACCUCAUUCUCUGCUGAAGUUUGUGGUUUUUUUUUUUAACCUCUUUUUUUAUUUUCUUUUUAAGUGAAGUUUUGGACUUUGAUGUAGUGCACAGCUUGAAUUUGGUUGGGAGCUUAGCAGGGGUCAUUCGACAGAGCUCAGCGUUUCUUCUCAGCAAAUCCAUAUCCCGGGUUGUCUGAAGAACCUGCCCCGUCUCAGUACGGGGAGAGGCAAUGUGAUAGGAAAAUAGGUUGCCAUGGGGUUGGGGGGAGGGUUUGCCAUGUGUCUAUAAGGCUUGUACCGCUAGCGGAAACCUUUCCUUUUCAAAAUCAAUGCUAGCGAUGAAGAAACCUGCAGCUUCCUUAUGGGAAAAGUCUUACCCAAGCGGGUCGUAUAUAAUAUAAUACACACACAUGCACCGACACAACCGGUUAGCUUUGCCGAAGCAGCUCCAUUGCCCAGCCGGAGCUCCUGCCCUCCCUGCCACACGGCGGGCUGGGGCAGGGCAAACCGGCCGGCCGAGGCAGUUGGUCAGCUCCCGUCUUCAGCAGAGAAGAGCGGACGAACAAAAUCCUUGGAGGGGGUGGGGGUCCAGCCAGGGAUGUUAAGCGACAUUUUGGGAAGUGGCCUCUGUGAAAGCUUGGUUGUUCAGGUUUUUUUUUUCUUCCCCCCCCUUCUCCCCAGGCUCUCAAUUUGAACAGGCUUCCCUUUCCCGAGGUGCGUACGGGAAAAGGACACCAGGGUUUGUAAUGUGAACUGUAACAGUCUACUGGGUUAUUCUGUAAUGGUUCUUUUUAACUGCAGUUUUAACUCGCAGGACGCCACAUUCUAUGAUGGUUCUGAUUUUAAAUCCACAGCUAGAACCUGUAUUUAAUUUUAUCUUUUUUUUUUUUAACCUCUUGCUUUUUUUUGAUCUCUAUUUAUUGAUGCGCGUUGCCACGUCGCCGUUAUGUUUUUACAUUGGUAGAAUAUUAAUAAAAUACACAUCCGAGUGCUCUCGACAGUAAUUUGUACCUGCUGACGUGUAGGAAAGCUGACUUUAUAUGAGUGUGUGUGUAUAUAUAUUAUAUAAAUACAUACAUGUAUACAUAGAUACAAUACUGCUUUUUUUUAUUCUGUCUGUGAUCUCGAAACAGUCCGACUGAAGCGUGAGGUGAAUGCUUGUUCCAGUCCCAUCUGUUCAGGGUCCGGGUUUCCUCCCUGCGACGGCGCAUGGUGCGAGCAUCCCCGUCUCUCUUCCUGAAGUCAAAGCAAUAUUCCUCAGGCAAGGGUCAGGUGAGCGGCCGGGUGCAGCCGCAGCGUAGAAACAAGACUUCAUGAAACCCGAUCUUGUCGUAGGCUUGUGGUUGGUGUCCGCUUAGGCCUUAUCCUCCUUCAGAGAAACUGUAGUCACCUUUGGUGCUUAUCAAGCUGUUAUUCAAACUGCGGAUCUCUAAGGCAAGCAGUUGCUUUUUGGGAACAUGCAGGUGGACCUUUGGGUCACCCAGGGAUAGGCAGCAGUAGCGGCUUCAGCCAGCGCAGCCACCAUGGGGGCAGCAGGGAUUUUGCUCACGAGUUCAGCGUGUUUCCUGUUGUACCUUUUAUCCUGUUGACAUGGGAUUUGGUUUUUUUUGAAAACUGUCCUAAGCAGCCCCAGAGCUGAUAAAAAUCUCUGCGCUUUCUCUCCUGCCUGACACACGGGGGAGGGGGUGGAUUCAGGGAGGCAGGAGCUGUUUCAAGAGGUGAGUGACCACCUACAGUGAAACCACUAAACCGUUGCGUUCCACCCCUCGGCAAUUUUCUGUCAGGCACACACAAAAAAAGUGGUUUUAAAGCUUUUAGCUGACAUUGGAUUCUGGCUGGCUGCAAAGGGAAGCGCGCCCACAUUUAGAAACAGAAGGCUUUCCGAAUCCUUAAGUGCAACUUCAAUAGAAAGGGCUGAAGAGCGUCUUUAUGCGAGAGCUUGGCUAGUCAGUGUCCGAAAGGUAAGUGAAGGGGCUUGGUUGACCCAGUGAUCCAAAUGGAUGCAGGAGACUCAAAAAGUAGGACAGUGGCAGGGUAUGGAUCUUGCUGUAUAGGCAAGGCUGCUGAAGCAUUGGCCGCAGACGCUGUUGUUUUGAGGCAGUGAAUUACCAAGUCUUUAAAAAAAACUAAAAAGAGUAAUAAAAGUAAUGAAGAAAAAUUGCUGCUUGUGCCAGGAAAUGUGGCUUUUUUUCUUUUCACUUUUGUGUUUUCAUUUUGGACUGGCGGAGGGGAGUUCAGAGCUUUUCUCUCUCGUUUUGUGACUGUGCCGGCGUCUGUUGUGUGUCUUGUAUGUGUGUUAGGCUGGGGGAGGGUCGGGGGCGCCCCUCUGGUUUUCUUUCUUUUUUUUCUUUUUGGUUUUUUUUCAAGGAUCAUGGCAGGAUCACACACUCUUUUAUACAGGUUAGAUCCAGGUCUUUGAAUAACUUUUUUUGUAAAUAAUAAGAAAAAGAAAAUCACAAAAAAAUAAUACCAACAACAACAAAAACAAAGCUCCUCACCAAAUUCAAGCUUGUACAUUAUUAUUAUUUUUGGUUGUUUUUUGAAUUUUGAGUUUUAUUGUUUUGUAUGUAAAUAUGUGGACCCAGGAACUGUUAUUAAUGAGCAAAAAGUUACCGUUCAGGGCAGUGAUUCUGUUUAAUAAUCAGACAAAAUGUAGACGAGCUUUUUAAAGCCAUAUAGUUUUAACUCUGUACAGUAGGUACCGGCCUGUAUUAUUGUAACAAUAACUCUAGCGAUGUAUAGUGUAUCUAUAUAGUUUGGAGUGCCUUCGCUUCCAUGAUUUUUUGGAUUUUAUUUUCCCCUUUUUCUCCCCCCCUCCUUUAUUAACGAUGUCUGUCCUCCCCAACCCCGCAUCUUUGCUCCCCCCACCCCGCUUUCUAACUCUUUGAGUGCUGUAAGGUUUCGGUGAUAACCCUGCUCAGUAGUGGAAUGAAAGGAAACCGUCUCCACCGUCAUUCAUUUUUCAUUGGAGCCGUGGCUUUGUUCUGGAUGUCUCCAAGUUGCCCACCCUGCCCUCCUCUUCCCGCUAGCAGCGACCGGUUGCGUUCAGAUACUUGCCCUAGCAGCUCAUUUAGACUUUGCUCGUCUUUCCCCAACUCCUGUGCCCCAGAAGUAAUCUGGGUGGCGGCAGCAGCUUCCAGCAGGCACGGCCUUUCCACCCUCCCGGGGGCAGCGUCCAGGCCAGUGGGCGGAAAGGACCCCUGGGGAGGGACCCCCUGCGCCCCGCUCAGAGCCGUGCGGCGGCCACGGUAGGAGCAGGGACAUUGCUCUAGGAGAGCGCGGUGGGUUUUUCCGCCUGGGGGACUUUCUGUUCCCUUACUCUUCUCCUUGGUUUUCCCCCUACACCCCUCCCCAAAGUCAUUUUUUGUUUUCUUGAGAUAAGUUUAACAUGACUCUUGAUUUCUUGUGCCCAGCACGAAGGCCUUGUUUCUAAAACUAGUUUGCUUGUGUUUCACUACCUUGUUAGUAUUCCACAUAAGAUCGUCUUGAAUGGGAAAACACUUAACUCUUUUACCAAACCAAAGGUUGCUGUUUUAUUUCGAAGCAUCUCGUGUUCAUUCCAGUGAAGCAGAGGCUGCACUUUCUUUCUAGUGACACGAAGGUCAGUGAUGCCAAGCUGUUGGCGACAGUCCGCUCAGAGCUGUCCCUCUUUUCUUUUAACUCUCUUUUGGGCUUGUUUUUAACCCAGUCUGGUCUUGAUCUGUCCUUUACGUCAGCCCUGCUGUGGCGUGGGUCUCUGAGCCGGAUUCGAUCGCAGUCUGUCUCCCCCCAUGGACACCCGGUCAAGAUGCUGGUGUUUCUUAAUAUUAAACUUUAUCUACCUUGCUAGGGGAAAAAAAGAAAACAGCAUAAAAACAAAUGACCUUGGCUGGUAGAAGAUCCCUGAACACUUUGUCCCCUUAUUUCGAAGCCAAGCUUUACCUGAAAUAACAGCAGGUGCCUGCGACUUGCAACUUAAAAUUCCCCCCCUCUGGUUUUCAGUACUUGGAAAAGUAGAAGCCAAGCAGCCUGUCAGACUCGUACUCCUGUACUAGGGACCUCGGCCACCACGCAGAAAAAAAAAAGGAAAAGCCGAUAAGGAAAAGCACAGUAAGGGUGUUCGUUCCGGGCUCUGCCAGCAGGUACCCCUGGGGGUGGCAGCUGAUUUCCACGGGGCUCUCAGCCGGUUCUGGUCGUAGUUGGCUUCGUUUUGCAACAUUGCAAUAACAGCAAAACGACAGGAAAGGAAAACAGUACCUAAGGGGGUUUAGCUCGAGAAAAGUAGCUUCCUUGUGUUGGUCUCUCUCAAUUUAUUUUUAAUAUAUAUAUAUAAUAUACUUAUAUAUAUAUAAUUUGCUUGCCUGUAAAAUUUGCGUUCAUUACUGUGUUGCUGAUGGAUCACUUGGGCCUGUACACACCGAUUAGCGUGACCACUUCCAUCUUAAAAACAGAAAUCUAAAAAUAUAUAUAUAUAUUAAGGACUGUGGGUUGUAUACAAACUAUUGCAUACACUUGUGCAAAUCUGUCUUGAUUUAAAGGAGAAGCAAAACCUGUAUAACAUUAUUACUACUUGAAUGCCUCUGUGACUGAUUUUUUUUUUUCAUUUUAAAUAUAAACUUUUUUUGUGGAAAGUAUGCUUAAUGUUUUAUUAUUUCCCCCUCCCCCGCCCCAUUCCCCUUGUAAAUACGUUUUGUUCUGUGUGACUUGGUUCGGAAAUAGUUAACUGGUACUGUAAUUUGCAUUAAAUAAAAAGUAGGUUAGCCUGGAAAUGAAAUUUAAAAAAUACCAAGUGUGUGGUCUUUAUUUCAAAAUCUUGCCCCUUUCUUUCCACCUUCUCCUCUUCUCCCUCCUCCACCCCUUGUUCCUUGCCCUCACGCCUCUUUCCACUCCGCAAGAAUAGGUGGACGUGAGUCUUUGUAAUAAUAAUAAUAAUUAAAAGAAAAACCACAAGAAAUAAGCAUGUUUUCUUAAAUGAGCUGUGUUAUUCCAUGCUGUUUAUCAAGAGAUGCCAGCUUGUCUAUGAUACCGUUUGAUUUGAUGGAGAGAGGAACCCUGGGACAUUAAAUAUUUCAAAUCAAAACCAACCGAUCUUCCUUUACCGUCCACCUAUCAAUAUGAACUUAAGAACCUGUGUAAACUGCUGGCUUUGGAUCCUGCACUCAUGGUUGUUUGGGUUUGGUUUUUCUUUCUUUCCAAUCAUUGAAAUCCCAUUAGUAAUGUUAUUUGGUGGUGAUCUGUAAAGUUUGUCGAGACCACGUCCAGUGGACCGUUCCUCCAGCAAAUCAGCACGUAGCUAUCUCUGAGUUGGGUUUCCGGUACUGGAUAAUGUAUGUAUUAAACAUGACAUGUCUAUUAGCAGAAAAAAAAGAAAAAAAGAAAAAAAAAAUAAUGAAUAAAAUCCUUUUUUGGGCUGGCUGACCUGGCCGAAUCCAUUCUGUCGCUAUCCU